AUGAGCUCCGCGCCAUCAACAGUACCAUUCUCUGAACCUCCAUGGCUUGCAGGUCUUCCAUCGCCUUACUACAACGAAUCCCACAGGAAAUGGCAGGAAGCAUGCCGCGACUUCAUCUCAGAGUACUUGGCACCGCAUGCGCUACAAUGGGAGACUGAGGGAAGCGUCCCUGAUCACGUCUUUAAAACCUUCUCCAAACACAACAUGCUCAUCCCAAAUUUGCCUGCUCCACUGCCAAUCGAUAUGCUAAAGAGGCUUGGUAUCACUGAGCUUGCAGGAGGUCUCAAAAUCGAACAGUUCGAUUACAUGCACUUUUCCAUCUACAUCACUGAAAUGCGCAGAAUUGGUAUUGGCGGUCCAGCCUCUUCCUUGUCAACUGGUAUGGCCUACGGUAUGCCCCCAAUUAUUACAUAUGGUAGCGCCGAGUUGCAGGAGAGAUUGCUUCCGGACUUGAUAAGGGGGAACAAGAGGAUCUGCAUUGCUAUCACUGAGCCUGACGCUGGCAGCGACGUGGCCAACAUUACUACCACAGCUGAGAAGAGUCCCUGCGGCAAGUUCUACAUUGUGAAUGGAGAGACAGGGGGAGCUGGUGGAAAAGAUCUAUAG